CGAGGUGGACGUGACUUCGAUCGCCGCGAUGACCGACGUGACCGCGAUAGAGAACGAGAUCGCGAGCGCGAUCGCGAAAGAGACCGCGAACGCGAGCGGGAACGUAAAGAAAGGGAGGAACGAGAUAAGGAGAAACGUUUGGAAGAGAAGAUGGAGAAGAGAAGAAAAGAGGCUGAAGGAGGAGGCUAUGAUGAGUGCUAUCCUGGCGGCAUGGCUGAAAUGGGAGGAACUUGGGAUUCUGAUGAGGAAGACUUGACAAUGAUGGACAUGGGUUCAAAGAAAUCAACGAUCAAGCGAUGGGAAUUUGACAAUGACGAUGACUAUGAGAAGUUUCAGGGAUCACGAGAAGCUAUGCCCAAAGCUGCUUAUCAGUAUGGGGUCAAGACUGGCGAUGGCAGAAAGACGAGGAAAAGUGUGGAUGUAAACAAGAAAAUCGAUAAAGAACUAAAUCAAAUAAACAAAUUGAUUGAAAAGCGUAAAAGUGGAUUGGAAGAUGAUAGGUCUGUUUCUCUUCUGUCCAACUUUUUUUAG